ACACCUUCGCCAAGAACAUAGGCGGAUGAAGAAGCGUUAAUGGACUACGAUUCAGGCCUCAUAAGCCCGAUGGAAAGCAACCUCUCUGCCGAGUUCAACCUGAGCAGUCUGAUCCCUCACGCGGAGGAGGUGCCGAUGCUGGUCAACCUGACGAACCGGGGGCCUCCAAUCGAAUUCGCUUUGCCAUUGCUGGGCUACGCCAUGCCGGCUCUACUUGUGGUCACCAUCAUCGCCAACACGUUCGUUGUGGUGGUGCUGGCCCAGAGGCAUAUGCGCACGCCCACCAACAUAGUGCUCCUGGGAAUGGCCAUAUGUGAUAUGAUGACCUUGCUGAUUCCAUCGCCUUGGUUCUUCUACAUCUACACCCUGGGAAACUACGCUAAUGUGCUUGGACCGGCGGCCACCUGCUACGCCUACAACAGCAUGAACGAAGUCAUUCCCAACUCUUUCCAUACAGCGUCAGUAUGGUUAACUCUGGUCCUGGCUGGUCAGCGUUACUUCUACGUCUGUCAUCCAACGAUUGCCGUCACCUGGUGCACCGUUCCACGCGUGCUACGAACUGUCUGCUGGGUGGCGUUUGUGGCCUUCGCCCAUCAGUUGCCACGUUUCUUUGACACUGUCUUCGUUGACGUGCGCUUCUGGUGGCAAGGCGAGGCGCACUGGGGUUGCCAGAUGCUCGUGGCCGAGUGGGUGACUCAGAUUGUUACAGCAAAAGUCUACUUCAUAUUCUAUUACGCGUUCAAAGUCAUAUUUGUGAACAUUGGCCCCUGCACAGUCCUGGUCGUUCUGAACAUACUCUUAUUCAGAGCCCUCAAGCGUGCACAGGAAAAGAGAAUGAAGCUACUCAAGGAAAACCGAAAAAGCGAAUGCAAGAAGCUCAGGGACAGCAACUGCACUACCAUGAUGCUCAUCGUUGUUGUGACCGUGUUUUUAGCUGUGGAGAUCCCUCUUGCUGUCACAAUAGUUCUACAUGUGCUCAUCAACGCGUUCAAAGUCCAGUUCGUGUCGUACUAUGUCCUGAACAUCACACUACUCUUUACAAAUUUCUUUCUCAUGUUAAGUUACCCUGUGAACUUUGCCAUAUACUGCGGCAUGAGCAAGCAGUUUAGGAAGACGUUUAAGGAUCUUUUUAUUAUGGGAACGUUCAUAAACAGGGCUCAAGGUUCGUCAAGGUACUCACUUGUGAACGGUCCUAGAACCGUGACAAAUGAAACUGUUCUCUAAGAGACACUCCGCUUUUCCUUCAGAUAGCGGAGUAAAGUUAUAAAUCAUGCGGGUAUGGCCGUCUAUCUCCGGGAAAAAAAAAUGUUACAUUGAAAGCCUCAGCAGUGUUGAGUGGCCUUAUGGAAAGAGAAGCACUAAUUAAGAAAAAGCAAUUUUUUCAUGAGUGACCACAGUUUUGUAUACUACAGUAUGGACAUUAAAAUACACAAGUUAAGUGACUGAUGCCUAUCAGAGAAGAGAACGAAAAUAGGUAUAAUACUACCAUGAUUGGUUUUGUAAUGAACGCGUCGUAGCCUGCCUUUAGCGGAAUUGUUGGCGAUAGCUUGAAUAUUAUUUAAGCCUGCUUUCACAUUGUAUUAUUUACUAUCUAAUAAUUUCGAAUGUUAGAUUACCAAAUUAUUUCAUUUGUUAUCUUUUCAUUUCACCGUAUCGAAACAUUUUUAGACACCCUAACUUUUUACAGGACUAGUUCUGGCCUGUUCACUACGUUUCGAGAUGGCACUAAUAUUCAGUUAUACGCUUGAAUAAUGUUCAAGGAAAGUAGGUAGAAAUGAACUCAGCACUGUUUUCUCGUUGAGAAUGUAAGAAAUGACUUAUUGUGAACCAAAACUAUGGUACUAUUAGAGUGAGGUGUUUUCCUAGAGGGCUCAUCUUCCGUCACAGCAGCGGCUAACAUGACUCUUUUCCAAAGUCAACUUCGUGUUUGCUUUCUUUUUGUUGUUGUCCGGUCCGUUGCGCAUUUCCUGUCGCCGUUUUGCAACCUGUCAAAGCAAAUUCAGCAGCUUUGUUUUUUUGUUAUCUGCUGAGUUGCGGGGCUCAUUUGAUAGACUGGGAAGCGGCUACAGGACUUUUGGCAACGCGUUCUAAACUAUCUUCUGUCAUACCACCUCCUGCCCGUUCUGCCACUUGUAGCGUGCACAUCAAAUGUAGCGGAAUGUCUCCACUGCAGUCCUCAAUAAAAAUUGAUCUCACUG